GGACUGAUUCCGAACCGAGUUUGCACUGACCAGCCCGGUUGGACCCGGUCCGUUUGCCAUGUAUCUCAAAACCCUACCACCUUCAUAUUUUAUGCUCGUCGCAUUUGUUUACUCCACAGCCAUCACGUUCAGAGAAAUCGCGGGAAAGUGAAUCGAAUUUCUCGAAUCGGUGAUGUGGAGCGUUGUAAGGAGAAGAGUCACAAGUGGUGGAUCGCCUGCUUCGGUGUUGAGGCAGGCAAUUGGGCGUGGAGCUUCCACUUCUAGAGCAGGAGAAGAUAUAUUACUUCAUCCUAGAGGAUUGACCCAUGUUCGGAACUUCUCUCAUCUUGUUUUACCAGGCUGUUCUGCUGGUUUAAGACAGUCAAGGGAUGUCAUCUCCAUUGUUCAUUCAGGUGCCACCAUGCAAAAGUGGAUUAGACCUUUUUCUUCAGGAGAUGGUGAUCUGGUUGAUGCUGUUGUCCCUUUUCUGGGAGAAUCCAUCUCCGAUGGCACUGUGGCGAAAUUUUUGAAAAAUCCUGGUGAUAGAGUAGAAGUUGAUGAGCCAAUUGCUCAACUAGAGACAGAUAAGGUGACAAUUGACAUUGUUAGCCCAGAAGCUGGUGUGGUCAAAGAGCUUGUAGCCAAGGAAGGGGAUACUGUGGAGCCUGGUACCAAGAUUGCUAUCAUCUCAAAGUCUGGUGAGGGUGUAGCUCAUGUUGCUCCUUCUGAAAAGAUACCAGAAAAAGCUUCUCCUGAGCCUUCUCCAGCUGAAACUCCAAAGGAGGACAAGCCAAAGCCAAAGCGGGAAACUACUGCUGCAGAGAAAACUAAAGCACCUAUGCCUCCACCUCCAAAGCGCUCUGCUACAGAACCCCAGCUUCCACCAAAGGAAAGAGAAAGAAGAGUUCCAAUGACUAGGCUCCGGAAACGAGUUGCAACACGAUUGAAGGAUUCUCAGAACACUUUUGCAAUGUUGACAACCUUCAACGAGAUUGAUAUGACUAAUUUGAUGAAGCUGCGGUCUGAUUACAAGGAUGCAUUUGUUGAAAAGCAUGGUGUAAAAUUAGGAUUUAUGUCUGGCUUUGUUAAGGCUACUGUUAGUGCACUUCAGCAGCAACCUAUUGUUAAUGCAGUAAUUGAUGGGGAUGAUAUCAUAUAUAGAGAUUAUAUAGAUAUCAGUAUUGCAGUUGGCACUCCAAAGGGCCUUGUUGUUCCAGUUGUCCGCAAUUCUGAGAGGAUGAAUUUUGCCGAGAUAGAGAAGGAGAUCAACACUCUUGCAAAGAAAGCAAAUGAUGGAACCAUAUCCAUUGAUGAGAUGGCUGGAGGCACAUUUACCAUAUCCAAUGGAGGUGUUUAUGGAAGUCUUAUAAGCACCCCUAUCAUCAAUCCUCCUCAGUCAGCUAUCCUGGGUAUGCACUCUAUAGUGAACCGUCCAAUGGUUGUUGGAGGCAACAUUGUUUCAAGGCCUAUGAUGUAUAUUGCCCUAACUUAUGACCAUAGGCUGAUUGAUGGAAGAGAGGCAGUCUACUUCUUGCGUCGUAUUAAGGAUGUUGUGGAGGACCCUCGUAGACUGCUACUCGACAUUUGAAGUGGUGGCAUUGGCAGCUGUUUUGUGGUAUAUCCAAGAUAUGAUCCAUACUUUGGUUUUCAUGAAACAAAUAAUUGUCUUGGGAUUGAAGUUUUGUAGGGUAUCAUUAAUUUGAUUCACCUGUUUAAUGAUCUCCGUUACAUCAGGCAAUGAUCCAAAUUAAAUUGAGAAAUAUUGAAAUACGUAUUUUAGUUUACUAUUUACAUUGUGCAAAUGGUUUUUCCAUUUGAGUUGUGCUUUGGAUUUAUGAGAAACUUGUGCUGUGGGCAUUCGGCAUUAGCAGCCCAGUACUGCCAGCAAAAGGAGAUUUCAUGUAUUGACAAUCUUUCACUUAUG